CUCUUCGUUACCUUAAAAGAAAAAGCAGAUGAGUCUGACGCUGCUUAUGCAUAGAGAAAGUUAUCUUGACACCCAAAGCCGAAGAAAAGAAAUGUGUGGCAAAGGCUCCAAAAAAAUACCAGUGAUAAGCCCAUGACCUCACAGCCUGUUAGAUGAGACCCGACAACUAGAGAAAAUUCCCAGCAAUUCCCAUGUGGGAUUUUUCUUCAUCUUUUUAGGCCUCAUCCCCAGUUCCAUCUCUGUUUGCUCUGUGUUCUGUUGUUCUGCACAUUCUUCUCUCUCUCCUCUUCCUCUGAUCAAGCCUGAACCAGAGGCACACAGAGUUCCUGUACCCCUGAUUUUCUGGGUUUUUUUUGUUUUUCAGUUUUUUCACCAUGUGGGAUUCAGAGAGCGAGUCCGGUGCAGGAAGAGAGUACAAAAAUGGAUUGGUUAGUUCCAGCAAACAAGGUGUCAAGACUGAUGGGUUUGAGCAAAGAGGCCAAUCUUGGCACGUUGCAACUGAUAUCCCGAGUGACUUCUUGAUUCAAAUCGGAGAUUCUAGUUUCCACUUACACAAGUAUCCGCUGCUCUCUAGAAGCGGCAAGAUGAACAGGCUCAUCUACGAAUCGCGCGAGGGAGAUUUAGACCAGGUAGUGUUAGAUGAUAUUCCAGGGGGAGCAGAAGCCUUUGAGCUAGCAGCAAAAUUCUGCUACGGAAUCGCUGUCGAUCUCACAGCAACCAACAUCUCAGGCCUAAGGUGUGCCGCGGAAUACCUCGAGAUGACAGAGGAUUUAGAAGAAGGCAAUCUCAUAUUCAAAACCGAAGCGUUUCUCAGCUACGUGGUCUUGUCUUCAUGGAGAGACUCCAUCCUAGUGCUCAAAAACUGCGAAAAACUCUCACCUUGGUCCGAAAACCUCCAAAUCGUGAGGAGAUGCAGCGAGUCCAUCGCGUGGAAAGCUUGUGCCAAUCCAAAAGGCAUACGAUGGGCCUACACUGGAAAACCACCCAAAGUGUCGAGCCCAAAAUGGAGCGAAAUGAAGGACUCAAGCCCAAGUAGAAACCAACAAGUCCCCCCAGACUGGUGGUUUGAGGAUGUUUCCAUUCUAAGGAUCGACCACUUUGUUCGCGUGAUUACUGCGAUCAAAGUAAAGGGAAUGAGAUUUGAAUUGGUUGGCGCGGCACUAAUGCACUAUGCUGGAAAAUGGCUCCCGGGUUUGAUCAAAGAAGGGAGCGGAAAUGGCGAUGAAGUGAGUAACAGUACUGGGAGCAGCAGUGGCAGUGGUGGGAGUAGUUGGAGAGGGGGGCUACAUAUGAUUUUGGCAGGGAAUAAAGAUGACAUACCAACGGUUCAGUCAAAAGAUCAACGACUUAUUAUAGAGAGCCUGAUAAGUAUAAUUCCACCGCAGAAGGAUUCUGUAUCGUGCAGUUUCCUUCUGCGGCUACUUAGAAUGGCCAAUAUGUUGAAGGUGGCUCCGGCUUUGGUUACUGAAUUGGAAAAACGAGUUGGAAUGCAGUUUGAACAGGCAACAUUGCCCGAUCUUCUUAUUCCUUCGUAUAGUAAGACCGAUACUUUGUACGAUGUGGAUUUAGUUCAGAGGCUUUUGGAGCAUUUUCUUGUUCAGGAACAGACAGAAGGUUCGAGUCCUAGCCAUCAGUCCUUCUCUGAUAAACAUAUGUAUGAAGGAAGUCAAAGGGGGAAUGUUCCUAAUGCCAAGAUGAGAGUGGCCAGGCUUGUGGAUAGUUAUCUUACGGAAGUGUCAAGAGAUAGGAACCUUUCGCUGACAAAAUUCCAGGUCUUAGCAGAGGCAUUGCCAGAAUCAGCUAGAACAUGCGAUGAUGGACUAUAUCGAGCUAUUGAUUCCUAUCUUAAGGCCCAUCCAACACUCUCAGAGCACGAAAGGAAGCGACUCUGCCGUGUCAUGGAUUGCCAGAAGCUCUCAAUCGAUGCCUGUAUGCACGCUGCCCAAAAUGAACGCCUUCCAUUACGAGUGGUGGUCCAAGUUCUCUUCUCUGAACAGGUGAAAAUAAGCAAUGCAAUAGCCACAAACUCCCUAAAAGAAGCCGGAGACUCCCACUUCCAGCCCAUGGUAUCAAACAGGAAGACGUUACUCGAGGGGACUCCACAAUCAUUUCAAGAAGGAUGGGCGACAGCUAAAAAGGACAUCAACACGCUUAAAUUUGAGCUCGAGAGCGUUAAGGCAAAGUACUUAGAGCUCCAAAACGAUUUCGAUACAUUGCAGAGACAGUUCGAUAAGACGGUGAAGCCAAAACAUGCAUCGGCCUGGACCAGCGGGUGGAAAAAACUUGGAAAACUCACUAAGAUGACGGGUCUGGAGACGAAUGAGAUGGGGUCGCAGAUGCCGAAUGCAGACCAGACUAGGAAGGCUACCAGAAGGUGGAGAAAUUCCAUUUCCUGAGAAGGGAGACAAUGAAAGAGAAAAAUGAUUGAUUCCCAGUUCCUACUCUCAUCGGCUGCAAUAUUCGUUGUUCUUCUGUUUCGACUGUUUUGUUCUUCUGUUGGUUUGAGAAAAUCUCGGACUUCUCCCCUUCUAUAGUGUUGUUUUCAACAACUAGGUUUUACACUUUCAGUUUGUCACCAAUCCUUUUGUUAUUUUUUUGUCUUCCCUGAGUGGAGUAAUUUUGGUGUUACUUGCCAUUGUUCAUUCAUUGUUUUGGUGUGUUCAUUUUGUGUAUGGAAAAGCCUCUUUGUUUCCCCUUUUCUGUACUUUUGUUGGCAUAAGAAACUAUGGGACUUUCCCCUUGCAACAGUGGUGUUUCAACAAGUAUUUCAGGCUUUCUGUUUGUGACCAA